AUGAGGGCGAUCAGCCGUCAGGGACGAGGGCGAUCAGCCGUCAGGGACGACGCCAAUCAGCCGUCAGGGACGAGGGCGGUCAGCCGUCAGGGACGAGGGCGAUCAGCCGUCAGGGACGACGCCAAUCAGCCGUCAGGGACGAGGGCGGUCAGCCGUCAGGGACGAGGGCGAUCAGCCGUCAGGGACGAGGGUGAUCAGCCGUCAGGGAUGAGGGCGAUCAGCCGUCAGGGACGAGGGCGAUCAGCCGUCAGGGACGAGGGUGAUCAGCCGUCAGGGAUGAGGGCGAUCAGCCCCGUCAGGGACGACGCCAAUCAGCCGUCAGGGACGAGGGCGGUCAGCCGUCAGGGACGAGGGCGAUCAGCCGUCAGGGACGAGGGUGAUCAGCCGUCAGGGAGGAGGGCGAUCAGCCGUCAGGGACGAGGGCGAUCAGCCAUCAGGGACGAGGGUGAUCAGCCGUCAGGGAUGAGGGCGAUCAGCCGUCAGGGACGACGCCAAUCAGCCGUCAGGGACGAGGGCGGUCAGCCGUCAGGGACGACGCCAAUCAGCCGUCAGGGACGACGCCAAUCAGACGUCAGGGACGACGCCAAUCAGCCGUCAGGGACGAGGGCGGUCAGCCGUCAGGGACGACGCCAAUCAGCCGUCAGGGGCGACGCCAAUCAGCCGUCAGGGACGAGGGCGGUCAGCCGUCAGGGACGACGCCAAUCAGCCGUCAGGGACGACGCCAAUCAGUCGUCAGGGACGAGGGCGGUCAGCCGUCAGGGACGACGCCAAUCAGCUGUCAGGAGCGAGGGCAGUCAGCCGUCAGGGGCGAGGGCGAUCAGCCGUCCGGGACGAGGGCGAUCAGCCCUCAGGGACGAGGGCGGUCAGCCGUCAGGGACGACGCCAAUCAGCCGUCAGGGACGAGGGCGGUCAGCCGUCAGGGACGACGCCAAUCAGCCGUCAGGGACGACGCCAAUCAGCCGUCAGGGACGAGGGCGGUCAGCCGUCAGGGACGACGCCAAUCAGCCGUCAGGGGCGAGGGCGGUCAGCCGUCAGGGACGACGCCAAUCAGCCGUCAGGGGCGAGGGCGGUCAGCCGUCAGGGACGACGCCAAUCAGCCGUCAGGGACGACGCCAAUCAGUCGUCAGGGACGAGGGCGGUCAGCCGUCAGGGACGACGCCAAUCAGCUGUCAGGAGCGAGGGCAGUCAGCCGUCAGGGGCGAGGGCGAUCAGCCGUCCGGGACGAGGGCGAUCAGCCCUCAGGGACGAGGGCGGUCAGCCGUCAGGGACGACGCCAAUCAGCCGUCAGGGACGAGGGCGGUCAGCCGUCAGGGACGACGCCAAUCAGCCGUCAGGGACGACGCCAAUCAGCCGUCAGGGACGAGGGCGGUCAGCCGACAGGGACGACGCCAAUCAGCCGUCAGGGGCGAGGGCGGUCAGCCGUCAGGGACGACGCCAAUCAGCCGUCAGGGGCGAGGGCGAUCAGCCGUCAGGGGCGAGGGCGGUCAGCCGUCAGGGACGACGCCAAUCAGCCGUCAGGGACGAGGGCGGUCAGCCGUCAGGGACGAGGGCGGCUAG